CUUCUUCACAAUCAUAUCAGAGGGACCCACACACAGAGACCCCCUCCUGGGCUUCUGGCACCAUGACUCCCCUGAAGAUGCUGCCUCUGGUCGCCUUCCUGCUCGGGGCUUCUCUGCAGUGCAUCCAUGCAGCAGUUAGAGCCACUAAUGUGGGCCGGGAGUGCUGCCUGGAGUAUUUCAGUGGAGCCAUUCCUGUCAAAAAGCUGGUGAAGUGGUACAAGACCUCAGAGGAGUGUCCCAGGGAAGCCAUUGUGCUUGUAACUAUCCAGGGCAAGUCCGUCUGUUCAGAUCCUGAGGACAGGAGAGUGAAGAAGGCAGUUAAACAUCUUUUGCGCAAAGCCAUCCCCCAGGCAUCCUGAUUUUCUCCCUGGACCAUUUGGAGACUUCCAGCAUCAGUGUCCACGACCCCAACCCCAAGCUGCCUGGGUCCAGUGGAGGCCCACAAGGACAAAAAGGAGCCGCAGAGAGGGAGACCCAGACCCUUUUCUGAACUGGAGCUAUGGGCAUGAAAGGGCACAGAUUAAAGUCUUUCUCCCUCA